UUAAGACCCAACCCAGCCCAACCGGAAGACAACAGAUUUUUCAUCCUUUUCAUACGAUGCUAAUUUUCGACUGUAACAUCUGAGCACUGACAUUAUUCAUUAAAUUAAUAAAAUGCCCUUAUUUGAUGGUUUGGGAAGCGGAGGAGAGAAGACUGCCAUCGUCAUUGACUUAGGAGCAGCAUACACAAAAUGCGGCUUUGCAGGGGAAACGGGGCCCAGGUUCAUAAUUCCGAGCGAGAUCCGGAAACCAGGACAGCAGCAGGCCAUCAAAGUGGUUCAGUACAACAUCAACACAGAGGAGCUUUAUGUCAUUCUCAAAGAGUUCAUCCAUUUACUGUACUUCAGGCACCUGCUAGUAAACCCUCGCGACAGAAGAGUGGUCAUCAUCGAGUCCAUCCUCUGCCCGUCUCACUUCAGGGAGACGCUCACAAAAGUUUUCUUCAAACAGUUUGAGGUGCCCUCUGUGGUGUUUGCUCCAAGUCACCUCAUGGCCGUCAUGACUCUGGGCAUCAACUCUGCUCUGGUGAUGGACUGUGGCCACACGGAGACACUGGUGCUACCUAUUUACGAGUGCACUCCUAUUCUGCCAGCCUGGGAGGCUUUGCCUUUGGGAGGGAAAGCCAUUCAUAAAGAAUUAGAGGGUCUUCUUGUGGAGCAGUGCACUGUGGACACAGACACCACCACUGGGCAGAGUGUUCCAGUUGCUAUUGGGAGCAUCUCAGAGGAGACUGUGGAGGAUAUCAAGGUCAGAACAUGUUUUGUCAGUGACCUGCAGAGAGGCCUGAAGAUCCAGGAAGCCAAAUUUAACCUGGACGGUACAGCCGAACGUCCAGCCCAUCCUCCAGAUGUUGAUUAUCCUCUGGAUGGGGAGAAAAUCUUGCACGUCAAAGGAUCCAUCAGGGACUCUCUGAUGGAGAUCCUGUUUGAACAGGACAAUGAGGAGAAGAGCGUGGCCACUCUGAUACUUGAUGCCCUGGUCAAGUGCCCCAUAGACACGCGUAAGGUGCUCUCGGAGAACCUGGUGGUGAUCGGAGGCACGGCCAUGCUGCCGGGCUUCCUGCACCGUCUGCUGGCGGAGAUACGCCUCCUGGUGGAGAAACCCAAGUACAGCACGGUGCUGGCCAGCAAGAGCCUGCGGAUACACGCUCCACCUGCGAAACCCAACUGCACCGCCUGGCUCGGCGGUGCUAUCUUUGGAGCGCUGCAGGACGUGCUGGGCAGCAGGUCGGUGUCUCGAGACUACUACAACCAGACGGGCCGCAUCCCAGACUGGUGCUGCCUGAGCUCCCCUCCCCCCGAGUCUCUCUACGAAGCGGGGAAGACCCCUCCUCCACUUAUGAAGAGAGCCUUCUCCACAGAGAAGUAGAAUGUGCUGUAACUCUAAUAAUGUACUCUCCUUUACUCCUUUUAUCUUCAAUUUGACAUCUCAACACAAACAGCUCUAGCUUAUUAAAUGUCUAGUAGUUACACAUACUGUUGUGUGAUGAGCUGCUUUCUGACCUGACCAGAAAGAAAACAAGUUGAGAUAUAUGAAAGAAGACACAGUGUUAGAAUAAAAAAAAAACUCCUGUGUUACAAGCAGGCAUGUUUUUGGUUUCAUUUGAAGUCUCAAUGAGCAAGACGCUGAACCUGUCUCCCUCUCAUUCCACUUUGUUCUGGAUUCAGUUGGCAAUUAAACUGAAAAACACGUUUAUCUGUUCAGCAGAAAUGUUUCAGAUGAUUAUGAAACAGAGCUUUAGUCUUUAAAAAAUGAUUGCUGAGAAAAGCGUACGUUCCCAGCAUGAUGUUUGACAAAGUUUGUUUUGACGGUAAUGUUAAAGUUUCCCCCAAAAAGUUUCACUUAUUUAUUAUAUUGAAGUAUAAAGUGGUUGUUGAACUCAAUAAAGGCCCUACACAGGUGUUUUUAGUUAUUCCAGCUAUUAACGGCUUUUCACAAUAAAGAGUUAACACAUGGUAGUGUAGGGUCAAUGUCAUCCACACUGACCUGAAUUAUUGAAAUCAACUGUGGGUGUGUCGAACGUAGUUGUUGUUUACAAGUUUCAAAGCAUUCUCCAAACAACGCCAUUUUGCUCUGUCACCUUUAAAACCAACUAUUACAGCAAAUAAAUAUUCAGAACUCAA